UGAGCAGUGGUUGACUGUGUUGCUGUGAAGCUAAUGACUUUGCUGCUAACUCCAAACAGCAGUGCUCUUUAUCUGUUACAUUUUAUUUUGGUCUGCUCGCACUUCAAAGUAUCGGCCUUCAAAAACCUGGCAAAAGAUGAGCAUUUCUGAUUGGUCCAACCUGACCCUUCACCUGGAGGAGACCCUGACCGGUGCUUUAGGUCACUAUCUGGACAACUGGAGGCGUAACAUAUCAGCUGCAGCCAAAGCUGUAGACAAGACACUGGAAGAGGAAAACUUCAGGGACGUCGUCUUGUAUUUGGUGGUGAUGAUCGGCAUGCUUGCCUUCAUUGUUGUGGCUAUCCUGGUGAGCACCGUCAAAUCUAAGAGGAGGGAGCACUCUAAUGACCCCUACCACCAAUACAUCAAAGAAGAAUGGACUGCUCAGGGUGAUGUUAAAACUAGCUUUACAGCUUGAAAAUGCAUUUAUAGACCCUUAAAUCACAGCAGUGGUCAUCAUCAUCACUAGAUGCAGCAGGAGCAACAUA